ACUAUCGACACAAUCCAGGAUGCCUUUCACGAGUAUGGAACCGUCUUUGGACCUGGCUUGAUAUUGUUUGUCUUCGAAAAGACACAAAAGGGUUCCAAGCUCCGCGAACUCUGCAUUGCUGCCAACGUCAUCCAUAUUGAUAGGGGCUGCGGUCAAUUACGUGAAGAGCUCAUGAUGGCUGCAAUGUUGACUGAAGACUUCCUCUCCGAGAUGAUGAAGUGGAUCUCCCGCAACUUCGUCAUGUUCGGUCGUCGUCAAGCUGAAGGAUUUAAUCCCGCGAAGCCUACCCAAGGUUUCAGCAUGCUCAAUCGCAAGAAGCUCUGCCCUUGCCACUUCCACAAGCACACGUCUUCCAAGGACGCUCACAAAGGCCAUAAGAAGUGCGCCGUUCCGUACAACAAGUGUGGCCAUUCCGAGAAGGACGAU